GGUUGCGAAAAUAAAUUAGUAGGUACAGAAAUCAGACAACAAGCACACAUUAAAUUAUGAGUUCGAAUCCGGGUAUCCUCAAUAAACGACAGACUUUUUAGUUAAUGAAUUUGGAAAAAAACGUGAACGUGAAUGUGUAAAAUAUAUGUACCUUCACUUCUUCUCCUUGGAGUAUAUAUUCUUUUCUACAUGGGCUAGGUAGAGUUAGGGCUAGGAUUUAUAAACUCGUAUGUACCAUAGAUUUAAGAGUCGAUACAGAGUACCUAUAUGUACCUACAAAGGUACCUACUCUUUGCGCCCGUGUUUGUGUUUUCGUGUUUCUAUGGAAACGUUAACUUAUAAUACUAUACUAUUUCAAUAUCAUUGAAUUGAAUAGUAAAUUAACAUUUAAUCCCAUAAAAAUGGCUGAAAACAAUAUAGCAUUGCAUUAUUUCAAUAAAAAUACAUUUCAACAAAGCGAUUCAGAAGAGUAUCACGAAAUAGGCCAUGAGGCAUUAGAGGAAACCCUAUUCUUCCCUAAAGUUCCCGUCAAACCUAUCAAGGAAUACGAUUUCUUCACAGUGUAUGAUACGAGCAAUUUAAAAAAACGCCCACCAAAAAAGAAGAAAAGGAGAAAAGAAAGUAAAUCAAAAACUAUAAUAGACGUAAUACAUUCAGAGUUAGCAAGCAAAAGUAUUCUCAUCGAGAAUAAUAUCGUCAUAAUUGAUUCCAAACAGCGCGAAAAUUAUUUAGAAAAAUUAACCCGAAUCCAUCCAAUAUCAAAGUCAGUUGGAUCUCGAAACUUAGAUGCUGAAAAUGGAUUAAACAGCCACAAAAUAGAUUAUAUCAGUCCAGUGUUUCCUCGAGUAGUAGAAAAUAAUGGCAGCAAGGAAUCAACUGUACCAGUACAAUACACAGAACCAUCAUUAUUUAGUGGCAUAGCCUCAGAAUACUUAGAAAGCGGCAUUAAGCAGUCGCCCAAAUUCUUUGAUAUUGUAUUAAAAAAUAUUAGAUUUAAGCAUCACCAUGAAUUCACUCUUGAAAAGUUGUGUUCACUAAAGUUAGUGGAAUAUUAUGAUAAAUAUGAAAGCACGGCGAAUUCAAUAAAAGAGCUAAUCAGACAAAUUGACGUUAAUAGGAGAACAGCGAUAAGUUUAAAAGAAAAGCUGACAAAAAUAAGUCCCCAUAGAAAAGAAGAAACAAAAUAUGAUAAAAAUGUACUAAAAUAUACAAAAAAUAUGGUAGACUUAAAGGAGAAAUAUUAUCAUUCAUUAGAUGAACAGAAGGAUAAUAUACAUAGAAUUAUGUCUCUCUGGGCAGAUAUUGAAUCAAUAAGAGAAAAAUGUGGCUUUACAAAAACCGAUUUAUUUUUAGAAAUUUGUAAUAAAGAAAUGGAGCAAAGUGAAUACGAAAAGCAGUGGAACAAGGUUUUUGAGGUAGAAUAUUCUGAUAUGAUACUUAAAAUUGAACACGAUUUUAUAAAUAGCUAUCUGGAAUAUAAGGAAUUUAAACGCCAAAGAAACGAACAACAUAACAUUAUAAAACCAAAGUUAGACAUAGAUUAUGAUAAAUUAAAAGAAACCGUAGAAUCAUUGGUUAAUUCCAUGGUAUUGAAAACAAACAUUAACUUAUUAUUAAAAAGAGAUCGCAGUCUAAUAAGCAGUGCAAACAAUCUAAGGAAAUCCUCAUUUGUAAAUAACUACUGCUUCAAAGUCUACGUAGAUGAUCUUUUUGUUUGUGAAACUGAUAGUUAUGUAUGUAAGGAAGAUCAUGGUGAUAUCGAUUUCAUUGAACAUUUAUCAAUAGAAAUACUUCCGUAUAAUAAAUCGUUGAGCAUUGUUUUAUUUGAAAACAAUGAAGAAAUGUCUUCGUUUCAAAUUAAGCUUCCUGACAUUAAGAAAAAUUCUAUUGAAACUAAUUUGAUGAAUACUUUUGUAUUUAAUAAAAUUGAGGAACCAAGUACUAGAUAUAUUGGCAGUGGAUAUGACAUUAAAGAAAUUGCUGCUAGAAAUAAAGUUAGAUUAAAGUCAAGCAAUUUAUUCAAAGGUGAAUUAAUGACAAGCUGCGAUGUAAAUAUUCAGUUGGGUUGGAAUAAUAAGUAUAAUGACAGUGGAUUUGAAUCUAUUAGGUCACAUAUGGAUACUAGGCGUCUAAUCAAUCAGUUACUUCUUGGUAAAAAUGAGUUAUGUCUGAACAAAAUAACGGAAAUAAUAAAUAAUUUGUAUAAUACUAAUAUCGAAGACAAUCAAAAUAUAAUGAUUGCAUUAAAAGGCAUUUGUAAAAGUAGACUUAACAUUGAUAACAGUUUUAAUUUUAAUAUGAAUGAUGGAGAAUUAAUUAGAUUUAAAUUGUUACGUCUAAGAUCAACUGGUGGUCUUGUAGAUUCAGAAAAUAAAAGUAUACCAUUAUUUACAAGUCAAAUGUCUACAGAAUUGUUAAGUUGUCUAGAAAAAAGUCAACAAAAACAUUUAGUAUAUCACAAUAUUAAAAAAGAAACUGAUAAUACAAUUGACGUACAGAGAUUCGUAGGAAUGAAAUUUAUUGAAAAGCUAAACAAAAAUGUCAUGAAAACAGUAAAUGAUCAUCUAUUAAAGGUCACUUAUAAAGAUGUCGUGAGAGACUACGAAGAACUGAGUUUAAGAGCGUUGUUUUCAAACCAAAUAAAUCUAACAUUAGGAGCUGCUAGUAGUGUAUCCAAACAUAAACUUAUAAAAGAUAGUUUAAUGACGGAGCAAGAAAUUUAUGUAACGGCAUAUAAAGCGUAUAAUUUGACAUGCAGAAGUGAGGUGACCAUAGCAGACGAUGAAUAUGAUUGCGAUAAUAAUAUAGCAGGUUUUAAAAUUCAUGCGCUUCGACCAUUCGUACAAGUCAGCUAUCACGGCAUAAGCGCUCAAACUGUUACAGCGAUAGGUCGGCAUCCAUCAUGGAAUCAGAUACUCAAAAUUAAAACAAGGUUGGAGCCAUUAUCAUCGCUUCACAUCAAUAUUUACGAUCAAUGCAAGGAGCAUCUCAACAAAACGUACUCCGAUGACCAAUCUCAAAGUACCGUCAUUUAUCGCAAAUUUAACAAAUGGCUUGGGACUAUCAAUAUACCAAUGCAGACUGUUUUAAGUUUGGGAAAUGUCCGAGGUACAUUCAAAGUGAGCCUACCCCCGUUGCUUUUUGGCUAUGAAAACUCUAAGCUAAAACAAGGAGGAUCAAAAAUUUCUGAGCUAUCUCGACUGAUGAAGAAAGAAUCAAGUUUUCUAGCUCUUCAAAUAUCGACAAGCAUAUCUCAUUUAGGAGGAAUUGAAACCUAUCGCCAACCGAUUACAAAUGACUCGGAACCCAAUUUUAUCAUAAGACAUCUGAAUGAGUUUGUAACAGAGUACAUAAAGGAAUUUCCCACAAGAAAUAUUUCUCUAACAUUCAUUGAUAGUACGGGAAAGAAUAAAUGCGUUUCCGAGUUCUUACAAACAAUUCCCGUCCCCGGUUAUGAAUGUUUUCCAAUAGACCCGAAGAAGACUGAAUCAGCUCGUUCAAAAAGUUCUGGCUAUUCGAAAAGUUCCUCUUCAAAAAGCAGUAGAAAGAAGUCCUCAAAUGACGACAAGGAGUCAUUGAGUGUUGAUACUUAUAAAGGUGGCGAAAAUCAAUUGAUGAAGUAUGUAGAUGCUGUAGUCAGAUAUGUAUCGCUGAUACCGACGUACGAAAUGGUGGAGCCAUAUGUUGUCUCUUUGAUGGGAGUGGAACUUUUGAAGGUGCUUUAUGGCUCUCCAUUAGACCACGCAAUUUUAUUGGCAAGUUUCUUCCUCCAUCUGCAAAUUAAAUGCUGGAUCGUAAUUGGCUUUGCCUUACCUCGCGGUUUGAGCGGUUAUGUGUUGGUCCAACACUAUCGUAACAAGAUAUUGAAAUGCAACGAUGAGAUGAGAACUACGGGCAUUUGCGGUGGAGAUGAAGGAUUCGCUUGGUACAUUUACGACGCGGUGGCGGGCGAGAGAUAUGAGCUGAGAGAAAUUGGAUGUCCGUUGAAAACAGUCAGUUAUGUUUUCGAUUCGGAAAAUAUAUGGGUCAAUGUACAGUCAGCACAAGACUGUGAAAAUGUGUGCCUUAAUUUUUCCAAGUCCUCAGAAUGGCAAACCGUUUUCAACAAACCUUUAUUUAUCACAAGACCAAUAAGCGACAAUUUGUACAGCAAACCGGAAAAUGUCGAAAGUCUUCGAGAAACGUUGGAAACGAAAAUCAAAAACAAAAUUCAAAAAUGGCGGUCGCAUGUCAAAACUAUUUGGAAUAGAUAUUGUAGCACCCUGUUGAGAGAAAUGCUGCCCCAUUGGGAAUAUUGGUCAUUUAACCCGGCAGAAAUACAGCCGAACCCUGGAAAUCGUUUGAAACAAUUUAUGGCUACUUACAAGAUGUACGGUUUCCCGCUGAACGUGCCAUAUUUGAAUUCGAAGCUUAUAAUUUCGAGGAUAAAAUCCACAGCGAUUUACAUAAACGAUGAUCCAAACGUUGAAUUUGGCCUGGGCAUCGAAGUGUACGGCUAUCCGAACAAUGUAUUAAGUGUUUGGGUGUUCCUUGCGAGCAUAACAAGAAUUUAAUAUUGAUUUAAUAAACUACUAAAUAAAAUACAAUGUUCAUUUCUGAUAAAUAAUUCCUGGGGCAAUAUUCCUGUCAGAGUUAGAUUUACCUAUGCCUACAUAUCAUAAUAUACUUACUCGUCACAAUAUGCAUCUUUUUUUAUUCUUUACAAGUUAGCCCUUGACUACAAUCUCACCUAACCUUAAGUGAUGAUCUAAUAUGGAAGUGGGCUAACUUGAUAGGAGGAUGAAAAUACACAUCCAUUUCGGUUUCUACACGACAUCGGAACGCUAAAUCGCUUGGCGAUACGCCUUUGCCUUUAUAAUGAUAACUAGCUUC